CUCUGAGUCAAGAAAAAAUUUCUACAGAAGUGGUGCUUGUUUCUUGCACAAGCAAAACACAGGAACUUGGAAAACAGCCACGUAGAAACUCAGAUUGCACCAAGGCAUUCCUUAUAGUCUGUGUUUGAGGUGAAAUCUAAAUCAAGUGGGUUAACUGUUGUCCCGUAGCUCUCCCAUUCCCUUACUAUGUGACCAAAACAGCUUUCCUGGGAUACAGACAGCACUCAAACAGCUGUUGACUAAUGUGUGAACAGAAUAGCCUGGGUGAAGUGAGUAAAAUGGACACAGACAGAGCUCUGGGAUAAGAGUUCCUUUAUUUUCUCAUCCUGUUUAUUUAUUUCAGAGCUCAGAUGUGGCUCAUGCAAGGGAGGAACCUGUGCAGACCCGUGCACAGCACAUGUUUUGCUGGGGACUGUGGGAAGGGCCAUGUCCUGGUGUGCAGGUGGGUGUUUGCUGCACACUGGACCACCAGAGCUCACCAGCCCGUGCCAGGCACUGUGGGGAAUGCAGUCACCCGCCUCCUGCCAGAGCCAGCUCGCCGGGAUCCUGCUGGCCAUUAUCAGAAUUGUUCCUUUAGCAGCUGUCUGCAGUUUCCUGUUUCCACAGAAACACCAGGAGCGAAGAGGAAGCGCUUUUCUUAGUGUCCUGCUUCCAGCUGCUGCACGCAAAAGUCACACUGCAUGCAAAAGUCACCCUUCAUCCCUCUUACUCUCACUUCUCUCCUGCAAGCAUGUUGCUAGUGUUUGUCUCUCAGCUGCAUUAAUCCCUUGGUUUUCCUAAUUUUCACUUAAAGAAACUAUCACUUUGGUGCCUCUGCCCUCUAAGGUAUCCAGUGCGAGACAGCUCUGUUGGUUCUAACUCCUUAGUACUUAAUUUCAUCUGUAUAAAACACUGUGAGGUAGAUUAGUAGCUUCAGCAAAGAACACUUCUUGGCUCUAGAUCAAAUACCCUUGAUCACAACUGCAGUUCUAGUCCAAACAAUAUAAAAAGACAAGAUAUCCUUGAGAAGAGUUUGGUGAUCCAGGGACACAGGGAGAGUGGCCAGGGAACAGCCUUUCUCAAAAGCUGUAUUUCAGAAUUCUGUCAGAGUGAGCCUUGAGUCUGGGAUGAGACAGUUUCCACACUACUUUUUAAAGUGAUUCUGCAUUCUGGAUGUUUUGUCUAUAUUGCAAAAGCCCAGGCAUAUGGAAUUUUAAAGAGUCAGAUGAAAAGAGACUGCAACUCUAUUUGGCUCAACUGUGUAACAGUAGGACAGUUUUCCAAUACUACCAAAUUAUUGCUGCCAAAGAAAAUUUGCCAAAAGAUGCUCUGAGCUGCUUCUAAGUAUUAGAACCAGAAAUUUAUAAUUAAAAGCUUGAGUAGUUCUUCCUAGGAAUCUUUUAUUUUGCCAAGUCCUUUCUACUUACCACAGUGCUACGGCAAAAGUAGGUGUGGGAAGCAGUCUGGGGCAAUGGUUCUGGUAGUUGUGUGAGCUCAGUGGCGCUGACAAGUUUCACUUAUGGUAAUCAAGCAGAUCUGGAAAAAAGAGAACUAGAUUUCUGUGGCGAAGUGCCGCCUCAGUCACACCCCGUCAGCGGCAGCUCAGCCCUGUACACUUGUACCUUGCCUGCAGCUCUGCCUCUGCUGCAGGAGACAGACAGCCCAACCACGGGCAAAAGGAUCAGAUUGGACUGAAGGGCACCCACAGCUGUGUCUGGACAUGGUGUGCUAAGAAGCAAACAAAGAAGUUUACCUAGAAGAUAAGUUUUCUUGAAUGAGGAGGGUGAGUGGGAGUGUUCCUCAUCUUCAGCCACGAUGUUGUCUUAUGUCUGCAUGAACUGGAUUCUUCUGGUCCUGUUUACAGGUCCCACAGUAUCAGAAAUAGUGAUGGGAGAGGUUGGUCAGAACGUCACCGUGCCCUGCUUCUACAGCGUCCGGAGGACACAAGACAUCACAUCCAUGUGCUGGGGUCGGGAUAGCUGCCCUAAUUCACAGUGUUCUCGGCCCAUUGUCUGGACAGAUGGAUGGAGGGUGACAGAGCAGUACAGCAGCAGGUACCUAUUGCGAGGGAACCUGACGAAGGGCGACGUUUCCCUCACGAUUGUGAACGCCGAGGAAGCAGACAGUGGGACUUACUGCUGCCGUGUGGAGCACCGGGGGUGGUUCAACGAUCAAAAAACUAAUCUCAAGGUUGUGAUAAGGAAAGCUAGGAUCUCUACUGCAAGUCCUCACACUUACACCUCUGAACAGACAUCAGCUCCUGGAAGCACCAGUGGAUCCUCCUUUACCGUCACAGAAACGUGGCCAGCAUCUGCCUCAGAAGCUCCUGAGAAUGCCUCUGGUCCCUGCUCUGACACCUCAGACUGCUCAGAUGUUACUGCAAACCUGCAGAACACCUCUGUAUCGCUUCCCAGUCAGCAGUAUGCAGAAAAUGGUCUGUACAUUGGGAUUGGGUCAUGUGCAGUACUUCUGGUCAUCCUGAUUUUGGCUCUGUUCCUCACUAAACAAUACUUUUACAAUACGAAGAAGAUGGGUGACUUUGCAAACUUCAUUGCAUUUCAGAGGCCACAAGGUGUGGGGAAUCAUAAUGCCCUGGAAGAUGAGAUCCAUGCAGAGGAAAAUGUUUAUAUUGUACACUAAGGACUGUAUUCAUGCUUGCCUUUGUCACUGUGGGGACAUUAAAUAGUUUGCAAAAUGUUAGCUGCUCCCUCUGCUCAGCAGCUGCAUGUGUCUGCACUACUGAAGCAUUACUCACAUCAUUCUAAUAAAACAAAUAAAAGCUACACUUGCAAUUAAAA